AUGGACUACACCACGGGUAUCAUGCCCCUGACCCAGGUGCACAAGCCACCCUUCACCAUCGAGUCUCCCGGCUACGAGAAGGUCGAGGGCGAGACCAUCCCCCGUCGUCAUCCCAGAGCCAAGGACGGCCUGCGCAACGAGCCCAACGAGGGCGUCCAGACUGUCUUUGACAUUGUCCGCCGCAGUGCUCGCGUCUACCCCAACCACAAUGCUGUCGGCUCCCGCAAGCUCAUCCACCUCCACAAGGAGACCAAGAAGGUCCAGAAGAACGUCGACGGCGAGAUCCGCGAGGUUGACAAGGAGUGGCAGUUCUUCGAGCUCACGCCCUUCAACUUCCUCACCUACAAGCAGUAUGAGGAGCUCGUCAUCCAGCUCGGCUGCGGUCUGCGCAAGCUGGGCCUGAGCCCCAACCACAAGCUCCAUCUCUUUGGCACCACCAGCGUCAACUGGAUGUCGCUUGCCCACGGCUGCGCCUCCCAGUCCAUCCCCAUUGUCACCGCCUACGAUACCCUUGGCGAGGAAGGUGUCGCCCACUCCCUCAUCCAGACUCAGGCCGACGCCAUGUACGUCGACGCCCAGCUCCUCAAGACGGCCACCAAUCCUAUCCUCAAGUCCAACGUCAAGACGGUCAUCGUCAACACCGAGUCCGUCUUCGCCUCGGGUGGUGAGCUCGAGGCCUUCAAGGAGACCAACCCCGGCGUCAACGUCGUCACCUGGGCCGAUGUGCGCCAGCUGGGUCAGGACAACCCCGUCGAGCCCGUUCCCGCCAAGGGUUCCGACCUGUACUGCGUCAUGUACACGUCUGGCUCGACUGGUCUCCCCAAGGGUGCCUGCAUCAGGCACGAGUCGCUCGUCGCCGGUGUGACCGGUCUCCUGACCUGUGUCGAGGAGAGCGUCAGCGACAAGGAAGUCGUCCUCGCCUACCUGCCCCUCGCCCACAUUUUCGAGAUGGCCCUCGAGAACCUCGUCCUGUCCAUUGGUGGCACCCUCGGUUACGGAAACCCCCGCACGCUCUCCGAUACCUCGGUCAAGAACUGCGCUGGUGACAUGCGCGAGCUGAGGCCGACCGUCAUGGUCGGCGUGCCCCAGGUCUGGGAGACGAUCAAGAAGGGCGUCAUGGCCAAACUUAACUCGUCUAGCUUCCUGGUCAAGAAUCUCUUCUGGGGUGCCUUCUCCUACAAGACCUUCAUGUCGAGGAACAAGCUUCCCGGCGCCAGCCUCCUGGACGGAAUCGUCUUCAAGAAGGUCCGCGAUAUGACUGGCGGGCGGCUGCGCUUCACUAUGAACGGCGCCAGCGGUAUUGCCGCCGAUACCAAGCACUUCCUGUCCCUGGUCCUGGCGCCCAUGCUGGCUGGAUACGGCCUGACCGAGACAUGCGCCAACGGUGCUCUGGGCUGCCCGCUCGAGUACUCGUCCGAGGCUAUCGGCCCGGUGGCGGCCUCGGUCGAGGUCAAGCUCGUCGCCAUCCCCGACAUGGGCUACCUCACCGACGACCCCGAGGGCGCGCCCCAGGGCGAGAUCUACAUCAGGGGCAAGCCCAUCCUGUCUGAGUACUACGACAACCCCGAGGAGACCAAGAAGGCCCUCACGGCGGACGGCUGGUUCAAGACGGGCGACAUUGGCGAGUUUGAUGCCGACGGUCAUCUCAAGGUCAUCGACCGUGUCAAGAACCUCGUCAAGAUGCAGGGCGGCGAGUACGUGGCCCUGGAGAAGCUCGAGGCCGUCUACCGCGGCAGCCCCAUGGUCGCCAACGUCAUGAUCCACGCCGAUCCCAACCACUCGCGCCCCAUCGCCGUCAUCAUGCCGAACGAGAAGGUUCUGGCCGAAGAGGCCGAGAAGCUGGGUGUUAAGGAGGCCGACAUGCACGUCGACAGGAAGGUCAACGCCGCCGUCCUCAAGAAUCUGCAGGCUACCGGUCGCCGUGGCGGUCUCGGCGGUAUCGAGAUUGUCGCCGGCGUCGUCCUUACCGAUGCUGAGUGGUCUCCCCCUAGUGGCCUUGUCACUGCCACCCAGAAGCUCAACCGUAAGACGAUUCGUGAGACGUUCAAGAAGGAGAUUGACGGAUGCCUCAAGACCAUCUAA